UCUACUCGAAUACCUGUCUUUUAUUCUCUCUCUGUUGCCCGUGACUUUCAGUCUGCUUCACUGCGUAGCUUUUUCAAGACCGUUCUGUACAGUGCCGGGGCCAUGCUGGCAGAACGGGAUAUGAUUCAUUCUCUUUUAAAUCGAUUGUAAUUCACCAUGAUGCUGAACCGUGCAUUUCGCUUGGCUUCCUCGAUCAUGAGAAACAAAUCUGCUGUCUUGUCGAUGGUUACCCUUGGGUUUCUUUUUAUUACCUUCAAUAUUUGGAACGUCUUUUAUUUGGAAACUAAACCAGAUUGCCACGGUGCAACGGGUGCAUCUCUAAAUACCACUCGGCCUCUUAUUUACGCUGCAUUUGGAAGAAAGUUGGACUCAGGAUACUUGGAGCAUGUGUUUACCUUAUUAGAAAGAGCCGGUUAUGUUCGCGGUAGCAUUUAUUCUUCUGAUUGGAAUCUUCUCUGGUCUUAUGAAUAUCCUUUUAGGGUUCUGAAGGAUAAAUUGGUGAAUCUACCAAAGCACAAAAAGGUCAACCAUUUUCCUGGAUCAGGAUAUAUCACCAACAAGGUGAAUUUGGCUACUUCCGGAUUGCCGCACGUUCCUGUGGCUUUCAAAAUUCCUCAACAAAAGGCGGAGUUAAUUAAUUAUGCAAAGAAGAAUCCCGAAAGUUUGUUUGUCCAGAAAAGUAACAAUCACCGAGGUAUCAAAAUCCAACCGUUGGUUGAUCUAGACUUGGAGACACCAGGGACGUUCGUCCAAGAGUACGUUCGCAAACCUUUUUUGAUAGAUGGGCACAAGUUCGAUAUUGGUGUUUAUACGAUCAUUACGUCAAUCGAACCACUUAGAGUCUAUAUCUAUGAUGGUGACAUCCUAUUUCGAUUUUGUCCAGAAAAAUACCAUCCUUUUGAUGUUAAGAAAAUCGAUAAAUAUGUAAUUGGAGAUGACUAUUUACCAAUAUGGAACGUUUCGUCAUUGAAACCGUAUUAUUCAGGUUUGGGAUUCGGUAUGAAGGAGUCUUUUAAUGCCUACCUUCUCAGCAUAGGUAAAGAUCCUAAAAUCAUUUGGCAGCAAAUUGAUGAUGCGAUUCGAACAAUGCUGUUGAGACGAGAAUUAUCCUUGGCAUCGGCAAGUUCCAAAUUUGCGUCAUCUCGUAAUUUUUUCGAAAUGAUUCGAGUGGAUUUCGUUGUGGACGAAGAUCUCAACGUCUUCAUUAUGGAAGCGAACAUGUCACCAAAUUUGUCGUCUCAACACUUCCCUCCAAACAGGCUAAUGUAUGAACAGGUCAUCUUCAAUGUAUUGAAACUGAUCGGUAUUAUUCCUUCUGGAUAUCCAAAUUCAGUCGGAACUGACGAUGAACUACUAUCGCAGCCCGAAGUGGCGUUUAAAGAUUUAGUCGUAUUUCCCGAGCGGUGUGCGGCCUCCCGUUGUGCCAAUUGUUCCAGUCUUGAAUGUAAGCUUUGCAAGCCUUGUCUGACUGAAUCAUUGAAAUCUGAUUUGACAGAGGCCUUCAAAGAACACACCCGUCGACAUGUAUGCCGUCGCGUUGUUCCACCGUCGUUGAUGCCGGAAGAAAUAGAGGAAGGUGUGGACGUUAAAGGUCUAACCGAGAUUAACCAACUAAUGCAUUCCUGGUUUCAUGGCAAGUGUCUCUUAGAUAGUUCUUGGUGUUAAAAUGUAAGGCUAAAUUUCAACGUCGUUAUAGCCAUCUACUGUCCAUUUUUACCGUGGUGUAGCAGUUUGAUAUACUGAAUAGAUACAUUAUAUGGCUAUGCAAAUAAAGAAAAUUCCUGGUGAAUCCUUCCAUCCGUCGCAAAUCCGUGAUCUUACUAUUCCUGAAAGAUACGAUUUCACUUUUCAGCACUCGAGGCGCUAGUUAAUUUAUUUGUUGUAAAACAGGGUCCUCUACCGAGAUUUUAUGUAAUCAUUAGGAACUAACUUCUGUCAACGUCAACGAAAUUUGGUAAACCAUGGUAAACAAUAAACUUAUUUGUUAGCGUUUCGUCAAAAAAAUGUUUUGACUGAAUAUUCAUGUAAGAUUUAAUGGUCUUGUGUUCGUGCUUGACUUGCAUACAUUUUUACUCUCCAAUCAAUGUUUAGAUCAUCAUUGCUCUAUCAAAUCGAAUAGAACACACAUCAUCACUGUAAGCACCGGGAGAUUUUAGUUGUUUUUAAAAAACCGUUUCUAUGGAUGAGUUCACUUUCAAAACACAAAAUGGGACAGAAGGAGUUGAAAUUAUCAACUUGAGUUUCAGCAAAAUACCCAUCUUAAGAAGUCAAACCCAAAUACAUUUUUCUAGCAGAUUUAACAACAAAUCUGAUAUUUGGAUAGAAAAAUCUAUUAAGUUGAUAUGGAAUGAAAAAUGUAAAAAUAAUGAUAGGUUAUACAAUCAAUCAAAAUUUCGAUUUGAAGGUAUAACAAUUGAUGAUGAUAACCAAGUUGUUUUUAAUCUGGGACUAACAACUUACAUGGAGUUAAUAGGAACAAAUUGCAAUCCAUUUGGGAAGGAGUUAGUUGCGUACGGAACUCGGUGUUUUAACAAUAAGCGGUCGUGCUUAGCUGACCCAUUGGGUGUAGGAUCUCUGUUGUUAACUUCAGAUGGCAAAUUUCUGUUCUUGAAACGUGCUAUGUGGACUGGUGAGGACAAAGGCAAACUAGAUAGGCCUGGUGGUCACCCUGAACCAGAUAAUGUGUCAACAUCUAUACAGUCUUGGACAGAAGAAGAAUGCACUGCUCCAGAAAACUCGCUUCGAAUUCGAGAAGAGGUUUUCGACUCGGUUAAAUGUGAAAUUCGCGAUGAAGUUAAUUUACCACUGGAAUCAUUAAAGGACCCUCUACUGUUAGGAGUAGUUCGAAGCCUCGAACGACUUGGGCGGCCGAGUGCUGAAUUUCUUGUGCUUUGCUCUUUGACAUCUAAAGAAGUAGAAAAUCUCUAUUUGAAGAGUUGUCAAGCAGAAGCUGACGAAUCGGUAGAUAUUGUGUUUCUACCGGAAGAGAAGGUUCGUGGAUUGGAUUUGGAUCAGAGUAUCUGGCACAGCCUUACUGAUGCAGCUUGUGGAGCAAUAAAACUCUACAGUCAAUGUUACUCGAGCUGCCCAAGUUAGCCGUUAUUUGGAACCUGAGUGAAACUGUUUAUUUUAAGAAUUAUGAACCAAUCUCAGUUCAUGUUACACACAUAUAUAUUAUAAAUAAUAAAUACAUUUUGAAGUACCCGA